AUGGACUCUAUGAAACUAAAAUUAUUUUUCUCUUGUUGGGACAAGGACCUCUUCAUUGGAGGCACAUAUACCUCAGCAGAAGCCAUGCAAUGGGCAAUGGCUGAGCUCCUCAACCACCCUGAAGCCUUUCAAAAAGUGAGAAAGGAGAUAGAGUUGGUGACUGGCAAUGGCAGGCUAGUUGAUGAAUCAGAUGUUCCCAACAUGCCAUAUUUGCAAGCAGUUGUGAAGGAAACACUAAGACUCUACCCACCAGGACCAGUCACAACAAGAGAGUGUCGCCAACACUGCAAGAUUAAUGGCUUUGAUGUGCCACCAAAGACAGCAGUGGCAAUCAAUUUGUAUGCCAUAAUGAGGGACCCUGAUUCCUGGGACCAUCCAAAUGAGUUUCUCCCUGAAAGGUUCUUGCAAGAGCAGGAUGAGGAUUCGAGUGAUGGUAAAAGAACAAAGUUCAAUUUUGUUCCAUUUGGAGGUGGAAGGAGAGGGUGUCCUGGAACAGCACUGGCAUUCAGCUUGAUGAACACUGCAGUGGCUGCUAUGGUGCAGUGCUUUGAUUGGAAAAUUGGUGAAGAUGGAAAAGGAGAAAAGGUUAAUAUGCAGUCUGGAUCUGGCAUGUCUUUGAGCAUGCUUCACCCCCUUAUUUGUGUUCCUGUAGUACAUUUUAACCCAUAUGAUGUAUAA